AAUCAAAAUGGCGUCUUUCACGGGAUAGCGCAUAUCCGCCGCAAACUAGACACCGUUUUAUAAAUCGUGUGUGCGACAAUUUUGUAGUGAUAUAAACAAUCUGUGUACAAUUAUUGAGUGCCAAAAGUGUUGGACUUAUUGGAAUAAGCACAAUAAACUUUUCUACGAGUUUUUGCAAAGCAAUGCGCGAGCGCGGUGCGUGACAGGAUGAAAAAGGACGGUUGAGGCGCGCACGCGCCGGACGAAGAACGCCGCGGCAACAAACAUGUCGUUCUUUAACAAUCUCAAGAAGGUGCUGCACCUGGGUAGUGGAAAUGACGCCAAGAAGAAGAAGGUUUUCAACAACAUCCGGGACAACUAUGACCCGAAGGAGAAUUGGGACAUGAUCGGCGAGCUCGGAGAUGGCGCCUUCGGGAAAGUAUACAAAGCCCAACACAAGACGACGGGGCAACUCGCCGCAGCUAAGAUGUGCAUGCUGGACAACGAAGAUGACCUUGCAGACUUCACAGUCGAGAUUGACAUCCUGAGCGAGUGCCGGCAUCCCAACGUGGUUGAACUGCACGAGGCGUACUUCAUUGACAACAAGCUAUGGAUGUUGCUGGAGUACUGUGACGGUGGCGCGUUGGACUCUGUGAUGUCUGAACUUGAGAAGGGACUGAACGAGAUGCAAAUAGCGUACGUCUGUCGCGAGAUGUGUCGUGGGCUACAGUUUCUACAUUCGCGGCGCGUUAUACACCGAGAUCUGAAGGCGGGUAACGUGCUGGCCACCAUGCAGGGAGGAGUCAAGCUCGCGGAUUUUGGCGUGUCGGCGAAGAACAAAUCGACUCUUCAGAAGCAUGACACGUUCAUCGGGACUCCGUACUGGAUGGCGCCCGAGGUGGUGCUCUGCGAGACCUUCAGAGACCACCCCUACGACUUCAAGGUCGACAUCUGGUCCCUGGGUAUCACACUAAUAGAAUUCGCCCAGAUGGAGCCUCCUAACCACGAGAUGACUCCGAUGCGCGUGCUCUUGAAAAUACAGAAGAGUGAGCCACCGCGCCUCGACCAGCCCAGCAGGUGGAGCAGCACCUUCAACGACUUCAUUGCCAAGGCUCUUGUCAAGGACCCAGAAAAGAGGCCAACAUCGACUGACCUGUUGAAGCACGAAUUUGUCAGCGGCAACCUUGAUGCCAAGCCUCUGCGCGAUCUGUUGUUGGAGUACCGCGCCGAGGUGGUCGAGGAGGAGGUGCUGGACGAUGAUUCCGAGGAACAUCGCAGCUCUCAGAUGCAUAUGGAGAUGGAAGAUGAUUCCACGUCGGUGAGGUCGGCCGACACGCCCGACGUCAAGAUGUCGGAAGCGGAGCCGUCCGCGGGCGCCGCUCCCGCAGCCCCGCGCGCCCUCGCGCCGCCCGAGCCCGCGCCCGCGCCGCCCGCGCCCCCCGCCGCUCCCGCCGCCCCCGCCGCCGCCGCCACGGCCGCCAGCAACAAGAGACCCCUCGACGACGACCAUCCGCCCGCUGACAGGAAAGCGCCUGCGCCAAAGAAAGAGAAAGGCCCCGCGCCCCCGCCCCCGGCCGCGCCCCCACUUCCGGCCGCGCCCCCACUUCCGGCCGCGCCCCCCGCGCCCGCCGCCGCGGCCCCGCCCCCCGCGCCCGCGUCCCCCGCCCGCGGGCCGCGCACCAAGCAGCCCGCGCCGGCGCCGCCCGCCGCGCUCGACCACGCCGACCACAUCCCGCGACAGCUUGUGGAUCAGGUGUGCAGGGAGGCGGAGAAGGCAGUAGAAGCGAGACAAGAACAAAAAGACACACCAAAGCCCGACAUAGACACAAACCACAAAACGGACGUCGUAGAACCUUCCAGAACAACGGACAAAACUGAAAAACCUGACAAACUCGACAAACUAUCGCGCUCCAGCUCGGAAACGAUAGACAUCACGCCCACAGACAAACAGGAGGUGACCAGGGCGGAAGUGAGAGAGAUUAACAAGAGUAACAGGGUGUCAGCAGAAGUCAAUAAGAUUGAGAGGAGAUCCAGUUCAACGGACGAGGAUAGGACGUGCAUAGAAGUCAUUAAUACUAGUGUAACUAAUAGGUAUUCAAGGUCGAGUUCUGUCGACGAGACGGACAGGAAGAGAGAAGACAAAGACAGAGUGGAGAGGGAGAAGGAAAGAGAUAGAGUGGAGAAGGAAAGACAAGAGAGGGAAAGGGACCGACAAGAGAAGAGGCAGAAUGCCGUGGAGAUUAGGCCGGUUUCGCCGCCGGAGAGCCCGGGCCGCGAGUCUGCCAAGCCGCGCGCGCCGUCUCCGCCGCUGGUGGCGCUGCAGCCCGUGGUGGUGGUGGUGGAGCCCAACUCGCUGGCAGCCCAGCCGGCGCACCACGUCACCGUCACCACCACGCACCCGCCCGUGCUCAGCACAGGCGCACAGCUGCCGCCCAAUGCAGUGACGAUAUCCACCACGCCGCCCAUCGCUGACGAGGUGGUCAUCGUGGGCGCGGGGUCCUCCUCCGACGACGACUGCUUCGCGCCCUCCUCGCUGGACUCGCUUGACAUCACCAACAGUUACAGUGAAAAGCGCGGUCGUCGCCUGGACAGCAGUGAGGUGUUGAUCCUGAGCCCUGGGGCCACCGGGGACUCCGGAGUGUUCGAUGACAGUGUCAAUAAUGGACUUAACUUGGACACGUCUCACGUGUCAGUGGUGACGGUAGGCACGGAAGAAGUGCGGGUUCGAGACUCGGCGGCGACACACAUCGCGCUCGGCGCGCCCAGCUCCACGCGGCUCAGUCCUGAUAGCUUUGAGAGACGGUCGCAGUCGGACAGCGGGUCCGUGGCGUCGGGCAGCUCUCGCCGCGCGGCCGACGCCGACUCGCUGGCCACCACGGCCUCGCACGACUCGCGCCACGAGCCCGCGCUCAACGGCGGGAACAGGGUGAGCACAGAGAACCAGGUGAUUGAGAACGGCGAGCCGGUCGUGUUGAGACGGAAGCCCCAGGACGGACAGCCGGUCAACAGGAUACAGAGGUCGAAGGAGGACAUCCACCUAGCCAACCUGAAGAAGAAGACGCGGAAACGAACGAGAAAGUUCGAGAUUGAUGGCGUCAUAGUGACUACCACAACUUCCAAGGUGAUAUGGGGCGAUGAGGAGAGCGGGCGCACGUGGGACGACCACGCGCUAAGAAAACAAGAGUUACGAGAGAUUAAGAUGCUGCAGAAACAGGAGCAGAAACAGUUCCAGGACCUCAACGCCAAGGAGCAGCAGCUCCGAGAACAGCAGGACAAGAGGUUUGAGGCGGAGCUGGCGUCGCUGUCGCGCGCGCACGAGGCGGACCUGGAGACGCUGGCGCGCGCGCAGCGGGCCGCGGCCGAGCGCGCCGAGCAGCAGCUGGAGGCCGAGCUGCGCGCCGCCGCCAAGCGCCUGCGGGCCGAGCACGAGCGGGACCUGCGCCACUUCCGGGACACGCUCAAGCAGGAGCUGAGGCUGCUCAAGCAGGAAGUAGAACUAGUCGCGAAGGACCGCCGCAAGGAAGCGUACAGGCAGCGCCGGCAGCGCCUCGACGCGGAGCACGCGGAGAGGGAGCGGGCGUUCGUGGCGUCGCUCGCGGACGCCAGCGACGCGCUGCUGCGGCGGAUACACGAGAACCACCGCGACAGGCAGGCGCUGGCCGACACGCAGUACCUGCAGCAGCGGCAACAGAUAAUGCGGACCCGCGAAGCAGCUCUGUGGGAACUCGAAGAGAAACAGAUCCACGAGCGACACCAGCUGGCCAAGAGACAGCUUAAAGAUGAGUUCCUGUUGCGCAGACAUCAGAUGUUGGUGCGGCAUGACAAGGAGCUCGAACAGAUCAAAAGAAAAAACCAGCGCAAAGAGGAGGAGCUAGCCAAGUGCCAGGCGUUGGAGAAGAGAUCGUUGCCCAAACGCAUCAGAGCGGAACAGAAGGCGCGAGAAAUGAUGUUCAGGGAGUCGUUGCGGAUCAGUGCGGCGCCCGGCUCGCACGAGGACGAGAGGGAGAGGCUCAAGAAGUUCCAAGAGAAUGAGAAGAGGCGAUACAGAGCUGAGCAGCAGAGACUCGCCACCAAACACGCUAAGGCGAGGGAGGAGCUCAAGGCAGCCGGAGAGGCGUUGCUCCGCGAGCUGGAACAGUACCAGAACGAGAAGCGCAAGGCGCUGAUGAACCACGAGAGCAACAAGAUGAAGACGGUCGAGGAGCGCUACGCUGGCGAGCUCAAGGAGUGGCGCGCCACACUCGGGGACAGGAAGAUGAAACUCGUCCAACACUUCAGCAAGCAACUCGACGACCACGAGAAGAAAUUCGGCAGAAAAAUCCAAGAUCGAAGUCUGUACUUAGAUGUUCCUUGGCCGAAGAACGUCCUACAGCAUGUCUUAGCCGCGUACCACCAAAGGACAUCCUUCAUCGGCUCCCUGUCACGGUCUAGGACUAGUCUGAACUUGCUGUCUGCCAGUAACACCCCUGGCAUGGACAGAAGAAGGAGUAUUAGCCCCAGCGCGAACAGACUCACCAAAUCGGCGGCCAAUAGCGUCUCGAACACGACGAAACGCGGGAAGUUAUCCAAAGCCGGCGCGAGGUACGCUUCAACCUCAAACCUAAAGUUGGUUUCGGAGAAGAUCUCCGGGUUCAGUGUCUUCAACAACUCCGAUGAGUUGCGACGAGAACCGAUCAUGGCGUUUGGAAACGACGUCCCGAUAGAAGACAGAAGAGUCAGGAAGAUAGAUGAAGAACCGAGGAAGAGUCUAGAAAGAUCCAGACCGGUCGAGAAGAUCACCACGACGAACAGAAGUCCGGUGCGGGAGAAGAAACUCAACCGCCAAAGCGUUUCGGAGCAGCACUUCAAAGAGAAGGAUCUUCCAAUGAAACGCAGUAUAUCCCAACAGAGUCUAAAGCAAGAUAUUGCUCUGGAAGCUGUCAUGAUCGAUCUACCUUCAAUUGAUGGAGGGAAAUAUGAUACUAUGAAGAGUACCAGCACUUUCGGGACUAGCACAAGCUCUCAAGAAGGCAGUGAGAUCGAUUUCGACGGCGUAACCUCAAAAUAUUUCAGUCGUUGGGGCCCUAUAAGAGGCUCGAACAGUUACUCAGAAGGGCCCGACAUCCCUGUAGGCCAUCUAUCCACUUUGAAUGUCAAAAAGUCGUACAUGACAGGAAAGGAUGGCCCAUCAGAUUCGGUUGUUUAGGAAUGGUGGAAGGUGUUUGUGAAGGUUUUGAGAUUUAGAUGUGGGAAGUGUUUUCAAAUUUCUCCAUAAGUUGUCAUUGAAGGUAUAAUAUACAGUCAUGAGCAAUAUAAUGUACCCACUAUAGGACUCUGUCGCACUAACAUAUUUGUCAUUUAGUGAGACUUACAGUUCAAUUUGACAAAAAAGUUAAUGUGACAUGGUACCAAAGUGUAUACAUAUUAAUGCUCGUGACCGUACAUACUUCGAGGUUUCCGCUGUUAUUAUCACAAUUAAAACACAUAAUACCGGGUUCUUACCGCUUUAUUAUCAGGGAUAUGAUACUCCCAAUCUUUCAACACUGUUGCAAGUGCCAAAUAAUAAGCAGAAAUCUAAAACAACCGUCUAAAAAUUUUACAUCGGCCAAUAACCCGACAGAAUUAAGUAGACAACACGUCAAACGGAUUGCAUACCAGCGAGAUGCCUAUUUUAUUCGCACGGGUUAUGCAUUCAUUUUAAAAGUAACUUGUUGACAAUCAUCCGUCUUUUUCAAAAUAAAAUUAGGAGGUGUCUGCAGGAAUCGGGGUUAAUUGCAAAGUUUGCAUCGACUUCUCAUAUCUGAAUUUCUUUAUCUAUUUAAUGAAUGUGACAAUCAAAAUAGAAAGGUUUCUUCUCGCUGCUAUAUGCGGCAAAUCUACCAUACGACAUAGUAAAAAAGUGAAGCCGUUGGUCCCGGUUACUACAUACUGAUGUAAGUGAGUAAUCGUUACAUGAGCCAUGUCAGGCGCCUUUGGCGGCUCAAUGACCAGGGUUGAUGAGGCUGGUAUUCCACCUCACAACCCACACUAUGAGAAGAGUCGAAAAGAAAGCGAUCCUAUAAGGGCUCCGUUUCUCCUUUCGAGGUUCGGAACCUUAGAAAUAGAAGCCAAAAUUGGUAAUUACUAGACUGAAAGUGAUUUUUUAUAACUAAUCUCCCAAACACGAUUUACAAUUACACAGUCACAAAAAAAAUGCCAUAUAUUGUAAUGUUUCCAAUCAGGGAUUUUCCACGCCACGUUCUCCAAAAACAAAAGUAGAUGGCGUUGUUUUACUCGUAAGUGAUAAUUGCCCAUUUUCACUUUACUCGGGUACAGUAUAAAUCGCUGUGCCCAAUCCGGGUCCAUAUGUGUUACUUACCUUAUAUUACCAACCUCCUACCAUGUGGAACGCAAUAAAUGAUAUGAUUAUAAUUAUAUACAUAAUCAAAAAUAUAAUGUAAUGGCAGAAGCAUAAAUGAACGUUACUUGAUAUUUGGAUCAGAUAUGGUAUAGAAUUAUGUUGCUACUUAUAUUGCUUCUCUUUAUUUUGAUCAGAAUAAUAAUGGGUGGAAGAUGUGAUGUGCCUGGGUGUAAUAACCAGGGUCAUCAUGUAUACCCAAAAAUAAAGAUAAAACGAUGCAUAUGUCUGUUAUUAACGAAGAGAACUUUGUACAGCGCCACCUAUAUUUUUAUCAGGGAACGUGGCCUGGAAAGUCUCAUCGACUGUAAUUUUAAUUAUAUUGUUAAUUAGAUUAGAUUGGUACUUCCUUGAUGAUGCCAAAUUUGCAAGCUUUGCUUCCCUGUGACAACGAGUAUAUUUGAUUACUUGUUAUUAUACAGACAGGGUGGAAUGGCUUGGCCGGCCUUGUGGUGACUGCCAGUGGGAAAGUUGCGAUAAGUUAUCUUGCUAGCCAAUAUUAUCCCACUGUUGGGUAGGUGAAGCGGGUUCAUUCAAAAUGGCGGGUCGGUAUUCAUAUCACGCGGUUUCCUGUUCGUGCCCGGUUAAUGACAAUAGGCUAAUUUCCAACUGGUCAAAUCAGUUACUUUUUACUAAAAUUCAAAACACGGAAUUACUAUGGAAUUUGUAUGAAACAGCACACUGUGACGUCAUAGAGAAAGUGACAAAAUGUUGCACUUAUUAUUACGUUUUUCUUGAUUGAAAUUCUCAAAGUUAAAUUAGAAACUCAAAAAAUAUUUGUUGCUCUUUGGUCAUCAUGACUAAUUUAAGAGCCACGCUCUUGUCGGUGUAGCAUUCUCCAUGAUACUUUUUUUUUUGGAAAAAAUAGGGCAGUGGUUUCCCUCUUGCCUCUCGCCCCGCAACUACUCUGACACGAGUGGGAUGGGGCCUGAGUAGUCUUAUUUCAAAGCCGUACUAGGACUCCUGUCCUCCGCCUCUGAAUAGUACUGACAGUUACUGCUGCCCUCUGUCAGGUUCCAGGUUGCAGUCCCUGUGACUUGCACCUUCCGUCCUGCAUUGCCGUACCGAUGGCUUCUCCUUUUCCUUCUGAUAUAAUGUUUUAAUUAAAAAUAUAUAGAUACCAUUACAGACGGCGAUAUGGGUCACAAGUCACCACCUAUCACUUUGGUCUAACAGAAAGCUCGGUGUGGCGUGGGUACUUAGUUCAUCUUGCGAUGGGUGUACCUCUGACUACCUCAAUUGAUAUUUAGAAUUUUAAGGAUAAAAAAGAAAUAUUUGAAAGCCCUUAAGCCAUUCCAUCCUGUAUGUAUUUUCUCUCUCACUCGCCCUAAGUGCGAAAGAGACAACUAGAUUAAUCUAAACAACAUUCCAAGCUAACAAACGUGCCUGAAGUAUGCCUUAUGUGUUAGAUACUAGUGUUUAUAUUGAUUAAAUCGUUGAAAUUUGAUAUUUUAAUUGUUAAAUCUACUAUUAGUAUAGCGACAUAAUAAAUUAUUGCAAUUUCAACUUUAGGUUUUAGAUGUUAAUAUACAUUUUAGUUUGUUUAUAGAAACCACGGUUGGUACCCUAACAUAACAUUGAUUAGGGUGCUGACUGUACUUGGUUUAGUCUUUUACAAAUAGGUUUUAGGUAGCCUAUGUGUGUCCCACUGCUGGGCACAGGCGUCCCACUAUCCAGGGGAUUAUAGGCUCGUACUUUGCCAUGGAGUUUUCGAGAACUUUUAAUUUUAUUUAUCUUAAGAUAGACUACCCGGAACCGACUGCUGUUCUAACAGAGAGCUCGGUGAGGUGUGGGUACUUAGUUCAUCUUGCGAUGGAUGUACCUCUGUCUACACCAAUAGGGAUACAGUCGUGAACUUAUGUUAUGUAAGAUAGACUAACUAACAGCAUUAUAAAAUUGCUUAUUAAUUUAAUAAUACUUAAAAGUUUGUUGGAAAAAUAUAGUUGCAAAUAUCGUUGAGAUCGAUUUUAACCAAUUAUCAUAUUUUUUCGAUCGAAAUACAAAGCUCUGUGUAGGUACAGUCAUGAGCAAUAUAAUGUACCCACUUUAGGACCCUGUCGCACUAACAUAUUUGACAUUUAAUGAGACUUACAGUUCAAUUUGUCAAAAAAGUUAAUGUGACAUGGUACCAAAGUGUAUACAUAUUAAUGCUCGUGACCGUACGAUAAGGUGCAAAAGUCCAAUCAGUUUCUUCCAAAGUAAUAAAUUGACUGGUUGCACUUAGACCUCCUGGUUACAUGUCGUUUCUGUAAUAGAUCAAAAACACUUACAAAAACAUAAAUUUUAUAAUUAUGACAACUAAUGGUUCAUAAUUUCAUCACUGUUUGCAAAUAAUUCGCUGGGCUCUGUGACUGCACUUUUACUCUUUGAUUGUACUUAUGACUUGUGUGUUUCGGUCGAAAAACCACUGAUAUAUAGAAACCCAUCAUGUAUGACCAAUAUAUUAAGCUUUUCAAUAAAAUGUUGAUGUAAUCAGGUUAUAGACGGCGAUACGGCUCACCUGUCACGUUGGUCUAACAGUAAGCUCGGUGAGGUGUGGGUACUUAGUUCGUCUUGCGAUGGAUGUACCUCUGACUACCCCAAUUGGUAUAUAGUCGCGAGCUUAUGUUAUGUAUCUUAGACCGAAGGGACGUUUACUGUAAAAUACAAUAGGAAGAUAAGGAUCUUGUUGCUCAAGCCCAUAAUCGCCAUGGAACCGUUAUUGAUUUGACAGUGGUUAUAAUUUAUUGGGUCCAAGUUACCCGUAAUAUUUCUUUUUUUAUAAGUAAUUCAUUAUUAAGGGCUCCUAAAGAAACACUAAAAUUUUCAUGAAUUUUCCGUCAGGAUGUCACUCACACCCUGUAUUUUCGGACAACUCCCCUUGAAUAUGACAACGUUAGAUAAUUAUCAUCCCAUACAAAGUUUUCCUAAAGUGAUGUUAACGCCAUCUAUGUCAAAUGAUGGAACUAACUGGGAAACUUCCCUUUUCAUCCAUUCGCAGCAAGAUCCUUGUCCAACUAUAAAAAACAAACUACGUUAUUUCUUUUAAAGGAUUAAUGGGUGAGGCGUAUCUAAUAAAAACAAGCCUAAAAUGGCAAUUUUACUAUGUUAAUAGUGCUAAAUCUUGUAGGCAACAUAACUAAUUUUAUUUUAAGUUAUACUUACCUGUCGUUUUCUCAAGCGAAAAGGAAAUGGACGGGUAAUCGACAGCCAUAAACUUUAUAUUUACGUCGCGUGUUUGGCAGAAACCUUGUACCGUAUCUUGCGUCCAUGUGUGUAAAACUUGUUUUGUAUGUUGUGUGCAAUAAAGUAAGAAAGAAAGAAACGUUUAUUAUAAAGGGACACCACAGUUACAAAUACAAAACAAAUAUAUAAUUUAAAACACGGAGUAACACACAACUUACAAUCAAACAAAACACAAGUAGUAGGUUUUUUGUAUCGUAUUGUAAACCUAAAAUAACCCUCCAACCAUCCUACAAAUAAAAAAUAACCCAGGGAUGAACGUGGGUUUGAAGUAUUUGACAAUUUGAAAAUUGAAUUCAAUUAUCAUACAAUUCGACUGAACUUUUGAAUUCGAAAACUUUUGAAUUCUGAAUUUGAAAACUUUUAACACCUUACAAAUAAAAAAUAAACCAGGGAUGAACGUGGGUUUGAAGUAUUUGACAAUUUGAAAAUUGAAUUCAAUUAUCAUACAAUUCGACUGAACUUUUGAAUUCGACAACUUUUGAAUUCUGAAUUUGAAAACUUUUAACACCUUACAAAUAAAAAACAAACCAGGGAUGAACGUGGGAUUAAGUAUUUGACAGCCAAAGAAAAUUGAAUUCAAUUAUCAUACAAUUCGACUGAACUUUUGAAUUCGAAAACUUUUGAAUUCUGAAUUUGAAAACUUUUAACACCUUACAAAUGAAAAACAAACCAGGGAUGAACGUGGGAUUAAGUAUUUGACAGCCAAAGAAAAUUGAAUUCAAUUAUCAUACAAUUCGACUGAACUUUGCUUGGCUGUAAAAUACUUAAACCCACGUUCAUCCGUGGUUUUUGCUUUUUAUUUUUUAGGUGGUAAAAGUUUUACAUCGGCCAAAUAACGCGACAGAAUUAGUCAGCACACGUCAAAUGGGUUGAAUACCACCGAGGUGCAUUCGCUAAUUCAUUUUAAAAUUAACUAACAGCUGUCAAUCAUCCGUCCCUUUUCGGCGGAUAAGAAAAUUUGUUUAGUGUCUACGGGAAUUAGCAUCAAUUAUUGCCUAAGUGUUGUCAUAAGAAACAUGGACAUAGAGCAUAAAUCAGGCUUAACGUGACGUCAGGGAUAACGUGAUAACGUAUUUUAAAGCAUUAAAAAUAUGGGAAUUACUAAAAAAUAAAUUUAAAAAAAAAAAACCGCAUUAAAAUCGGAUCAUCCGUUUGGGUGCUACGAUGCCACAGACAGACAUACACAUUUACACAGACACGUCAAACUUAUAACACCCCGUCGUUUUUGCUUCGGGGGUUAAAAAGAUCGAGUUCAAUAAAGUUUUUUUCUAAAUGAUUAAAUGCACGUAUAAAUGGUAAUAACUAGAUAAAAUUAAAAUAGAGAUCGAGUUCAAUAAAGUUUUUUUACUCAUUUUUACUCACAGCCAUUAUCUUUUCUCGCUUUUUUUUAAUUACUUUAUCACGAUAUGCAUGGCUCAUGCUCUAUGUAUAUGGUAGACGUGUUAACUUUGUAUAAUUUGUAUUAAAAUAAUCGAUCGAAGAGAUGUAAAUAAAAUGUUAUGUUAUA